GUUGUCCUGCGGCAGUAGCGCAAAGUUGGUGGCUGAUUGUGAUGGAGAGAUGAGGUAAAGAAAUAUUCUUCCAGGUCACUGAGCCUGACUGUGCGUCCGGGUUGGAGUGGAGUGGAGUGGAGUGGAGUGGGGGGAGGAGGAUUGAAAACGUGGAGCGAAGAGUUCCGAGCAGCAGCAGCAGCAGCAGCGGACGGACGGAGAGGUUUGGGACCCCAGCGGCCCAGCAGAGGAACACCAACAGGACCCGAGCAACCCUCGUCCCGCCAGUCACACCUCCCCACCUGCGGCAGGUGGCGAGGGAGUGCCAUUGACUUUAUUUCUGCCAGACCCCGGCUCCGGGACUCCGGUUCCCGGUGAACCUCCAGCAAGCUGUUUCCCACGGGGAGGGACGCGAUGGUCCGCUCGACAUUGGCUACCGCUGCCAGCCUGGUGCUCACCACCACCGUGGUGACCCAUGCCUAUUACCUGAAGCGGCAGUUCUACCCCACCGUGGUGUACCUGACUAAAUCCAGCCCCAGUAUGGCGGUGCUGUACAUCCAGGCGUUCGUCUUGGUCUUCCUCGUCGGCAAGUUCAUGCGGAAGGUGUUCUUCGGGCAGCUGCGUGCCGCAGAGAUGGAGCAUUUAAUCGAGCGCUCCUGGUACGCUGUGACCGAGACCUGCCUGGCGUUCACCGUCUUCAGGGAUGACUUCAGCCCGCGGUUUGUGGCCCUCUUCACCCUGCUCCUCUUUCUCAAGUGCUUCCAUUGGUUAGCUGAGGACCGGGUGGACUUUAUGGAGCGGAGUCCGAACAUCUCGUGGCUGUUUCACUUCCGAGUUGUCUCACUCAUGGGCUUGCUGGCUCUGCUGGAUCUGCUGUUUGUGAACCACGCCUGUCACAGCAUCAUGACCCGGGGAGCCUCAGUCCAGUUGGUGUUUGGCUUCGAGUAUGCUAUCCUCCUCACCAUGGUGUUGACCAUAUUCAUCAAGUACAUUCUACACACCAUCGAUCUUCAGAGCGAGAAUCCCUGGGACAACAAGGCUGUGUAUAUGCUUUACACCGAGCUUCUGACAGGGUUCAUUAAGGUGCUGCUCUACAUGGCUUUCAUGACCAUAAUGAUCAAGGUUCAUACGUUCCCUCUGUUUGCCAUCCGCCCCAUGUACCUGACGAUGAGGCAAUUCAAGAAGGCGGUAACUGAUGCCAUCAUGUCGAGACGAGCUAUUCGCAACAUGAACACACUGUACCCCGACGCCAGCCCGGAGGAACUCCAGCAGACUGACAACGUCUGCAUCAUCUGCCGCGAGGAGAUGGUAACUGGAGCCAAACGCCUGCCAUGUAACCACAUCUUCCAUACCAGUUGUCUCCGUUCCUGGUUCCAGCGGCAGCAGACGUGCCCCACGUGUCGCAUGGACGUGCUGCGAGUCACACUGCCCACGCAGACGCCAGCACAGCAGCCUCAGCCACAGGUGCCGCAGACCCCUCAGGUUCCCCAGCAACCCAAUCUGCCUCCGGGGAUGAUGCCGCCUUUCCCGCCGGGAAUGUUCCCUUUCUGGCCGCCUAUGGGACACUUGGGCCAGAACCUCUUCCCGCCGGCACCUGGUGGGGCCCCGAAUGUGCCGCAGCCAAAUGCUCCAGCUCCCCCUGGCCCAGAGGGCCAGACAAAUUCUGCCAGUGGUGAAGGAUCCCGAAGCACCGACGGCCCAACCGGUUUGGAACCACCUCCCGCUGGCUCAAUCCCAGGAUUUCCCUUCUCCUUUCCUCCCUUCCCGUCGACUCCUUGGGUGGGAAUGCCGCCGCCUCCGUUUGGAAUGCCCCCAAUGCCAAUGCCACCGUCGGGAUUUGCUGGACUGACGGACGAGGAGCUGCAAGCGUUGGAGGGCCAGGAACGCCAGAACCUGGAAGCGCGGCUCCAGUGUCUUCAGAACAUCCACACACUGCUGGACGCGGCCAUGGUCCAGAUUCACCAGUACCUCUCGGUGGUUGCUACUAUUAGUCCGCCCAGGCUAACGGCAACAGCAAGCUCGGCACCAAGCACGGAGCCUACGGAUCCGGCAUUUGGAUCGCAGGUGGAUUCAACGGGGGACACUCCACCACCACCUCCACCACCACCACCACCGCCGCCGCCUGCAGUCGACAGCACCUCCACACAACCCCCCUUGCAACCUGAAGAAAUAGGGCAGAGUGACCUGGAAGGCGCGGUGGGAUACUCCACGCCCCAACCAGCCGGCCCCCCGGACGAUGAGAAAGACGACCUCAGCGAGCCAGACGCCGCGGAGCUGCGCCGACGGCGGCUGCGGAAACUUGACCUGCCCAGCGCCCACCACUGACCGCUCGGACCGGACUGUGCGGCUCGAUGCCGAUAAGUCGAUCCCAUUGACCUUGACCAGGAACACCCUGAGAGUUGCAACUCCUCACUGACUCCUGUUGACGCUGGUCCUGUUAACUGGUUAACACCUACGCAGAAGAACACUGCCUCCUAAGGAAUAAGGCUUCCUGUUUUCAUUUCUUUUUAAACUUUAGUCCUCUCGUUUGAUUGGCACCUUCCCUUCCCCCGGUCAGCGAGUGAUGGAAUACAGCCUGCAUGCUGAUUUAAAAUGAGAGGGUCCGUGUUUCUGCAUCUGGCAGGCCGCCCCGUAGCCUGUGCGAAUCUAGUUCAGAUCUGUGGUUGGAGUUGGACCCGGGACGUGAGGAGGGUGACUCUGGGGCUGGUGCAGAAAUUACUUCCUCUCUGCAAUUUUCAGGUUAGGGUUUACGAUUAGAUUACUUGCGUUAAGGCUAAGAGCUCUUUAGAGGUGAGGGUUUUGUGGUUGAUUAUUUAAUUUGUAUAUAUUGUAUAAAAUUUUAAUAGCUGGAAUUGUACAUACUGCACAAUAAAAUCUGCUGGUUCUGU